AUGACCGCCAUUGACCAUGGCGUUACGCAUUUAGUUCUGGGAAGAGGCUCUCUCACUGGCAAUUGCUCCUCGUUAUCGAUGCCCAUCUCAACGGGGCUCUCCCACGCAUCCAGGAGUAGGUUUCUGCCAAAUAUGACAUGGUACCCAACUUUGAUUCAGGAAAGCUAUCAAGGUCUCAAUGCACACCGCAUUUCACAACGUGGCAGUACUCUAUGGCUUCCUCCCAGGCCGUUUGCCGGCAAACACCACACCGGAAUGCAAUGCCACCCUACGCUCGAGUCAGUCGUCUACAUAACGCUGUACGCCUUCCACGAAAGCCGGGGUAAGGGUGGUCCCAGCAGCCCUUCGCCUGCCCAAUGCACCUGGAAGCAGUCACAGACUCCCGAACCCGUCCUUCAACAGCUGAGAGCAGCAGCACAUCAGACUCUCGUCACUUUGAUCUGGUUGAGGGAGCUCUGA